CACCAGUGGCCAUACAGACGCGCGCCAUCAUGGCAGAGACUUCGGAGAAAGUCCCAAUUGCAGAGGACUUCGAACAAUGCCUACCACCUGUAAGUAGCCUAAAUUAAAUAAUUAAAAUGCAUUUUCCUGGGAGCAGUAGGCCUAGCCUAUUAUAUUGUUUUUAGUUUGCAAAGUUUGAAUUGCAAAUGAAAUAUGGCUUCCUCGUGGCGCUUUGCUUUGACGUUGGCUGUGUGCAUUGUUGCUCACUUGCAUUCUGACCUUUGUAAAGGCAUACAGUACGUCGGCUACGAAGCCCCCGGUUGCUGUUGGUCGUCUCUUGAGAUUUGGGGCUGCGGCUCUCAUUGCCGGGGCAGUGCUGAUGCUUUGCGGAUCCAUUGGAGCUUUCUACCUCUGGAAAGCCAGUGACAAAAAUGUAAGCGUUAAUUUUUGUCGUUCAUUUGAUUCCAUAUGGGUCAUUAUAUGAUGUACCUUAAUGGUUAAAAUGCAGAUGAGACAGGGAAAUCUACCUUGAACUUGUGGGAGAUGUUCCAUGGUCUACCUGUAACCCUGGGAACGAGAAAUGUAGGCUGUGUAGUUUGCUACCAGUACACCUUUUCCCAUGUCAAUUUUUUUUAAUGAAAAAUAUGUUAUUUUGGUAAACAAAUCUCUGCAGAUAGCCAAUCAUUCAUCAUAAAACAACCAUCUACUAUAUUACCAGUGGAUGAUGGGCAUUGAAAACGACAUUUGGAUUUGCUGGUCGAAAUCUUAUUAAAAGUCUGUUAAAUAAUUGAAUUAUUUUUAUAUCAACCUAUCCAAUUUCACAUUAGAAUCACAUAGCUUUCAUGUGAAUAUUUUGGGCAUGUAACUAAGGCUUGGUGAUGGUGACUGUCUCAUUAGAGAUACUUCAAUAUUUAUUUGUGUUAUAAUGGGCUCACCUGUAGGGCAAACAUCUCAGGAUAAAUCCAUGUCAAGGCCCUGCUGCCCUCCUCUGAGACAUUAUAUUCAAAUCAGCUGUGUGAUUGGACUACACAUCACACAGUAUUUUAAGUGCUGCACAGGAGAAUACAAGGAGGGGAGGUAUUUUGAAGCAUUGUGUCAUGGUAGGAUUUUGCAGUUAAGUUAAGUUAUUGUUAGAAAGCCUGCUGGCCUAUCUCUGGCUAUUAUAAUUGUAGGUUUGGGUACUACAAAUAGGGCUUUAUAAAAUGAUAUUGAGCACUUGUAGCUCAUAGCUGGCAAGUUAAAUAUUUCAAUAAUUAUUAUGAGUGUUUACUGUAUGUAUUAUGCAUAACCUUGAAUAUCACUGUAACUUUCCAUUUUAAAAUCUCCUUAGGUGUACAAUGUACACUACAGUAUGAGCAUCAAUGGAAAGGUGGAGGAGGGUUCCAUGGAAAUCGAUUCCGAUAAUAAUCUGGAAAGGUUCCGAACUGGGAGUGGAAAUGACGAGGCGUUGGAGAUUCAUGACUUUCACAUUGUGAGUUGUACUUAUUUUCUCUCCGAAGUAGUUCAACGGAGAGUUGGCAUGUGCUUAGGAAAGUAGCAAAGUUGUGAGUGUAAAUAUCCCAUCUCUGUGACUCCUGAUUCAGGGAAUUACAGGAAUCCGGUUCUCUGGAGGGGAGAAGUGUUACAUUAAAUCGCAAAUCAAGGCCAACCUUCCAGAGGUGGAGACGCUCAACAAGGAGUCAUUGAUGUUUGACCUGGUACAGUAAGCUACACUCUUAGAAAGAAAGGAGUUAUCUAGAACCUAAAAGGGUUCUCUGGCUGUACCCAUAGGAGAACCCUUUGAAGAACCCUUUUUGGUUGCAGGUAGAAACCUUUUGGGUUCCACGUAGGACCCUUUCCACAGACGGUUCUACAUGGAACCCAAAAGGGUUCUAUAUGGAACCAAAAAGGGUUCUCCCUGGAACCAAAAAGGGUUCUCCAAUGGGGACAGCCAAAGAACCCUUUUGGAACCCUUUUUUUCUAAGAGUAUAUAUAAUAAUCAUAACUAACCAUAAUGCUAUCACUGAACGUAUUACACUAACGUUAUGUGAAAAUAAAGACACCCCCCCUUCUGUUCUAGAUAUUCAUUUUCAUUUAUAUUACUCAAGGAUAUGUCAAUGAUUCAUUACGGCUUUACAGAAACUAAUUAAUUUGUUUACAUACAUUUUUAAUGGAAUGACAUUGAUGUAAAAUGUAUUAUAAUGGUGAUAAGCCUGUGGACAUACUGUAUUAAUAAUGGCCUGAUGAGGUUUCUUUCGCCCUGUCAGGAAGAUGAGAUCAUGCCAGUGAAGUUUGAUGAGGAGUCUCUGAUGUGGGUGGCUGCUGACCAGCCCCUGAAGGACAGCAGCUUCCUCAGCACCAAGAUCCUGGACCUCUGUGGAGACCUGCCCAUCUUCUGGCUCCACCCCACCUAUCCUAAAGGUUCCUCUCUCAUGGCUCCUGCUUAUCACAUGGCUUGGUGACAGAAUGAGAAACACAAAGUUAAGCGUAGAAUAGGUGUUGGCUGUUCUAGAAUGAGAUAUGUAAUUGUUAUAGAACGAGAUUAUAGAUUGCAAAAGAGAUAGUCGUUAUAGAAUGAGAUAUGAUAGAAUGUAAACCACAAGACAGGAGAUGUAGAACUGAUAUUCCCAAUUUACAGUAGAACUGUCCUGGUCAUCCACCCAAUAAUGAGCACAGACCAGUCAGUAGCGAGACAACCUGAACAUUCUCAGGAUGUACAGUAUUUGGAGACUUACACAAAAGUCCCCUACUGUCUUACAUUAAAAAAGAAUGAUCUUGAAAUAUGCAAGGUAUCCUUGAUAUCACUGUAACUCAUUAAUUUAUUCAGUACGACUGAGAGAGACCGUGUAUAUGUAGAAUUUUGCUCAGAGGACAUUUGUGGUGUGUCUAGUGGUUGUUGACCCAAUACCCAUGCCUCCUGUGGCUUCCUGUGGCUGGCUGGAACAGAUGGAGAGAGGAGAAAGAGAGACACCCAGAGAGCCAAGCGUCAGUUUGACAUGGAGGAGUUUGAGGCAGCUGCUGAGGAGAGGAACACAGUGAGCCGUGCAGAGAAUAGCACCUCCAAGAAAGCCACAGAGGAGGAGAAGGAGGCCACGGGCUCAUCAGCCACGGGCUCUGCCUACAACCCAGAAAACCCCUACCACGUGAGUACUGAGAAUUCUGUACACUUUAAAGAGUAGUUGUUUUCUUCAAGCUUUGAUUUUAUUUUAGCCCCCCAGGUUUCCUUUGUAAGAUACUUCACUGAAUGUUGAGUUUGCAAGUCUGUGUUAGGGCAAAACAUGUCAUAACAUCCUUGACAAUGAGUUCUACAGUGGGUGAUCUGAGCAAACCCACACUCAAUGCUCACUAGAUUAGUUGGAAUGAGGUGCUAUGGGUGGGUAGGUGUUAGAUGAACAGCUGCAAUCUAAGGUCACUAGCAGUAGGUGAUAACUUACACCCCAUGUUUAUGGCCCUGCAUUUCACAAACUGAAGUGAAAAUGAUUACCCCCUUAGCCACUGCACGUUGAUUCAGCUUGUUAAAACCGUGGGCUAUGCCUAAAAGAGGACAGUUGGAAAACUGAAAAGAAAUGAUGAACUGCAUAUGAAGUUCAUUUGAAAACAUUGAACAGAAACAUGAAUAAUUUACCUCCCACUCCACAGCGCAAUCAGGAGGGUAGAGGAGGGCGCCAUGACCUUUGACCCAAUGCUAGACCACCAGGGGAUCUGCUGCUCAGAGUGCCGACGCAGCUACACCCACUGUCAGAGGAUUUGUGAACCCUUAGGCGGUCACUGGCCUUGGCCCUACAACUACAGAGGCUGUCAGGUAGCUUGUCGAGUGAUUCUGCCUUGCCGCUGGUGGGUGGCGCGCAUAUUAGGUAUUGUGUAAGUAGGACACCCAUAUAUACCAAUUAUGCCAAAUACACCAAAUGUCUGAAAGGUAAUGUUCUGUAAGCAAUAUUGUAAUUUCUAUGCAGAUAUUUAUUUUGUAACUUUUUAUUUGGUUGUAAAUACCUGAUAGCAGCAGGCGAGCUAUGCUUGUUAGGAUGAAACAGGGACCACAGCGCAUGAUUUAGUAAGAAAAUGCCAGCUAAGACAAAUUUCCACCUGGACCCUCGAGGCAACAUUUAGCAUAUACAGCACGUACACCUUCUCUGCAGGCAAUACUUGAAAAAACAAAAACGGCAAAACAAAUGUAUCACAGCAGUUUGUAGCUUUUGAUUUAGAAAUAAACAUACCUUAUUUCUGUCUUUCCUUUUCAACAUAUAUUUUCAGUAAACAUAUUAUAGCCUACCAAUGCUUUUUGCACUACACUGUCUUUGAUGGAAUGUAUGGAAAUUAAUACAGUGAUCAUUAUAAAUGCUUAAUAAAGAUAAUGUACAGUU